UGAUAUACGAAUAUUCACUUCGGGGCAGUUAACGGCUUCUAAUUAAGCUGAGAAUAUUCGCCAUUUUUAUAUUUUUAGGGCUCUUCCGCAUUUUUGUAGCUUUGAGUGGAUUAGAUCACUAGGCAGCGAUGGAUCUGAUCGAUCUGGGAUCCAGCAUUUCUCCUCUGCUGUGCUGCUAGGGCGUACAAGAGAAGAGGUCGAUGGGAUGCGUCCUGGGCGCGGCGCGGGAUAAUCCCAAGUGCUACCUGGAUAUCUCGGCAGCUGGGGAAUCGCUGGGGCGCCUGGUGAUCGAGCUGCGCAAGGAUGUGGUUCCAAGAACAGCGGAGAAUUUCCGGGGCCUGUGCACGGGUGAGUAUGGCGCGUGCUACAGGGGGAGCAGCAUUCACAGGAUUGUGCCAGGCUACGUUGCGCAGGGGGGAGAUUGUGGCAAAUCGAUCUAUGGGAAGAGAUUCGAGGACGAGAAUUUCAAGCUCUUGCAUACUUCCAAAGGGACGCUUUCCAUGGCAAACAAUGGCCCUCACACCAAUGGGACACAAUUUUUCAUCUCUUUGGGUAAAUGCAAGCAACUAGAUGGAAAGCACGUCGUGUUUGGCAAAGUCAUCCAAGGCAUUGAGCUUUUGGACUCGCUGGGCAACUUGGGGAGUAGCGAAGGAAGAACGAUCAAAGAAGUAAAGAUCCAUGACUGUGGCGAGCUAGUUCAGUAAAUACUGUGAAAAAGAAAAACUAUUUUCCUUUUCAUACCUGUGAAAAUAGGAUAUUGCGCAACAAUAUACAGCAAAGAGCCAUGGAGUUGCUUCAAAGCUUAAAUAUAUCUCAGAUAUAUCUUGAGAGAAAGAUCAAAAUACAA